AGCAGAAUUCAUAAUACAUGAAAAAACCCAUUUCUUUAUCUUUCGUUGUCAAGGAGAAGGUGAAAAACCUGGAAUAAGACCUUGAAAACAUCCUUCGGUGCACCCAAAAGAGGAAAAACCAAAGUAAUUCACUAUGGCUCCCGACAGCAACAAGAGAAAGAGGCCGAACAUAUUGGUGACGGGCACGCCUGGAACUGGCAAAACAACGACGUCUUCUGCUCUGGCGGAGGCCUCCCAGCUGCGCCAUAUCAAUAUUGGAGAUUUGGUCAGAGAGAAAAACUUGCACGAAGGCUGGGACGACGACCUCCAAUGCCACGUUAUCAAUGAAGACAAGGUGUGUAAUGAGCUUGAGGAUGUGAUGGAAGAAGGUGGAAACAUUGUAGAUUAUCAUGGUUGUGAUUUCUUUCCUGAACGAUGGCUUGAUCUUGUAGUAGUGCUUCAAACCGACAACACUGUGUUGUAUGACCGGUUGAGUAAGAGGGGUUAUGAGGGUGCCAAGCUUUCAAACAAUAUAGAGUGUGAAAUCUUUCAAGUUCUGCUGGAGGAAGCAAAAGAAAGUUACCCUGAGGACAUUCUUAUAGCUCUAAAGAGUGAUAAUAUUGAGGACAUCACUAGAAAUGUUGCGACCAUAACUGAAUGGAUCAGGAGUUGGCCUCCAACAUCUUGAAUGAAUACAAAUUUUGUAAUCUGCCCUGCAUAUGCUGCUUCACCAUGUGAAAGAAGCUGCAAUGAAGGCUUUCGUCGUGUAUAUCUCUAUCAAGUUUCCGCUUUAGUAAGGAAUCAGUUAAUUUUGGUAGUUUGGCUAUUUUCAUGGAUUAGUCUUAGGGUUCUGAAUGUGUGGGAUUGUGUAACCGAUAAUUCAAGGAAGAGACUGCUUGUAAAAGAAAUGUUUAUUCUGAUCUUAGGCUACUUGGCUUGAAUCUAUAACCCAUUUGGAUGUGAA